CCCUGACCCCUCCUCUCCACAGAAUCUCACUGCACAAGUUCACAUCUAUCCGCCGGACCAUGUCGGAGGCGGGGGGCCCCGUGGAGAACCUGAUUGCCAAGGGCCCCAUUUCAAAAUAUGCCCAGGAGGUGCCCGCUGUGACCGGGGAGCCCGUCCCCGAGGUGCUCAAGAACUACAUGGAUGCCCAGUACUACGGGGAGAUCGGCAUCGGGACCCCCCCACAGUGUUUCACUGUCGUCUUUGACACUGGCUCCUCCAACCUGUGGGUCCCAUCGAUCCACUGCAAACUGCUGGACAUUGCCUGCUGGAUCCACCACAAGUACAACAGCGGCAAGUCCAGCACAUAUGUGGAAAACGGUACGGCCUUCGACAUCCACUACGGCUCGGGCAGCCUUUCCGGGUACCUGAGCCAGGACACCGUGUCGGUGCCCUGUAAGGUGGAUGUGUCCGCCAGGGGCAGUGGCAUCAAGGUGGAGCGGCAGGUCUUUGGGGAGGCCACCAAGCAGCCUGGCGUUACCUUCAUCGCGGCCAAGUUUGACGGCAUCCUGGGCAUGGCCUACCCCCGCAUCUCCGUCAACAAUGUGGUGCCCGUCUUCGACAACCUGAUGGACCAGAAGCUGGUGGAUAAAAACAUCUUCUCUUUCUACCUGAACAGGGACCCUACUGCGCAGCCAGGAGGUGAGCUGAUGCUGGGUGGCAUUGACUCCAAGUACUACAAGGGCUCCCUUUCCUACCUCAACGUCACCCGCAAGGCCUACUGGCAGGUGCACAUGGACCAGGUGGACGUGGGCAACAGCCUGACCCUUUGCAAGGAUGGCUGCGAAGCCAUCGUGGACACGGGCACCUCCCUCAUUGUGGGCCCCGUGGACGAGGUGAAGGAGCUGCAGAAGGCCAUCGGGGCCGUGCCCCUCAUCCAGGGAGAGUACAUGAUCCCGUGCGAGAAGGUGUCCAGUCUGCCUGAGGUCUCAAUGAAGCUGGGGGGCAAAGACUACAAGCUGGGCGCUGAGGACUACACACUCAAGGUGUCACAGGGCGGGAAGACCAUCUGCCUAAGUGGCUUCAUGGGCAUGGACAUCCCCCCGCCUGCUGGGCCGCUCUGGAUCCUGGGCGACGUCUUCAUUGGCCGCUACUACACCGUGUUUGACCGUGAUCAGAACCGCGUGGGCCUGGCCGAGGCCGCCAGGCUGUAGCUGCCCACCGCUGGCAGGAAACGAGAAUCAGAGGAGGCGGUGCCCGCCCGCCCUCCCAGCUGCCCCCCACACACACUCACACUCACACACUCACUCACCUGUGCACAGCCGUCUUUCUAGGCAGCUGGCAUGACAGGCGCCGUUUGUUCUGUGGUUUUCCCUUCCCUGGUUGCAGAAUGCUGCCUGUCUGUCUGUCUGAUGAAGGAACGGGGCCCAGGCAGCCAGUCGGCUUGUUAGGGCUCAGAGCCCUUGCACUGACCUGGAAGACACUGCUCGGCUCAGCAGCCAUCUGGUGUAUGUCCCAGGAUUCCCUCUCCCCGACCAGGUUUCCUGCCCCAGCCUGGGCCUUGGGGUGCUGGCUGCCCGGGCGGUGCCUCUGGGCUGAGCCCCCGCCCUGCACCAGGCUGCCCUCCUGGUUCCUUCUCUACUCAGCCUGGGCCUGGAGCUGGGCACCGCUGCCCCCCCUCACCCGUUCGUUUGUCUCAGGCCCAGCAAAGAAGGGCCAGCUGAGGCCCAAGGACCAGCAGGAAGGAGCGGGAAGGGAACAGAAGAGAGCCCUGUGAGGCCUUUAGGUCAUCCUGGGGCCUGACGCCACCUGGGAGAGCAUGGACUCCCCUGGGGUGGGGCGGGAGGGGUGCUGGCACCGGCCUUCCCUGAGGCUGCCCCUUCUGGAGUGGCCGGGAGCCAAAGUUGACAUGAAAAUAAAGUUGUUGGGGCUCUCUC